AUGCGUGUGACGCCUUACAUUAUUAUCAUACAACUCCCCUUGAUCACCUUACAGAUUUUGCUCCUCCUCAACCCAUCACCUCCAUGGAACUUAUUUGGUGCCCUCGCCCUCGCCUUGAUUUGCUCACUCAUUAUCAGCCCGAGCGUGUUUGUGAGCUUGAACAUUGACACUGGCAUUGGCUACGUAGACUAUAUGCUAGGGUCCACCAUCGCGUGCUAUGCCAUGAACAGCUUUUAUUUGCUCUUGCUGGGGAGGCCAUUGGAGAAUUUCACAAUUGAAGACAAGGGGAACGAAAAAGUGCACAAAAGUUGGUGGAAAAGGAUUCUUCACGUCGCGCAUGUCAUGCAAUCCCCGCGGGGGGUCGGAUGGAACUAUCAGGUGAAAAACGUUCCUGCUGCCCCACGACAACCCAGACACUUGUUCGUCCUCAGCUCCACCUUGCGUGCUGUCUGCCACGCAAUCCUCUUCGAAGUCGCGAGGCUGUAUGUUUGGUACAACCCUGCGUUUUCAUCGCCCACGGUCGAGAUUCAGACGCGAAGCUAUGUUGCGCGGUGUGCUGACACCACUGCAUUCAUCGGGCUGACAUACUGGGGCUUGAAUGCUGGCUACUUCGCAAUAGCAGCGGGGAGUGUUGCGCUCGGAUUGAACGAGCCGAGAAUGUGGCCUGACUUGUUUGGGUCUUGGCGAGAUGCGUAUACUAUUCGGCGAGCUUGGGGGAGGACGUGGCAUCAGACCUUGAAAUGGUUCCUCGCCCCUCUUGGUAAAGCGACAUCGUCUGUCCUUGGGUUCAAGCGCGGUACAUCAGGAUCAUCGUACGCACAGAUUUACGUUGCGUUCCUAUUCUCGGGCCUCGUACAUACAGGAGGGGACAUUGCGCUCUCCGGAUCUUCCACCUCCGCUGCACCACGGCCGUUUUUCUCGCUGCCAUUUUUUCUCUCGCAAGCAGUCGUUAUCACCCUUGAAGACGCGUUCAUCCGGAUCGCAAGACGCCUGGGAGUCAAGGAUAGCAUAUGGACGCGAGCCUUGGGGUUUGUCUGGGUCGCGGUAUGGUUUGGUUUGUGUGUGCCCCAAUUUGUCGAGAACAUGAUCAGGGCGGGUGGUGGGAUAAGGAAGUCUGCCAGCGGAAUGGGUGGGAAUGACUUGGGCCCCAAUUUGGUGCAAACCGCGAUGGUUGGAUUAUUUGGAUUUGAUAUCGGGGAGUUUGCUGAGUCAUGGUUUGCCAAGGGCAUGAACUGA